AUGUCCGGCGAAGGCAAGCCUCCCUCUGACAUGACAGAGGCAAUCCCUCCCUAUUCUCCCGGCGCCUCUCCGGGGGCCAAAGACCGCCUGAUACGCCGCCGGGUUACCGUUGACGGCCGUGUCCGUUCUGGAUGCUUGACUUGCAAGACCCGCAAAAAGAAGUGCGAUGGACAGAUCUCCAGCGUUGACAACCGCUGCAGAGCCUGCAUCCGCCUGGGGCUCGUCUGCGAACAAUCGCCCCUGCGAAAGGUGGCACCACGACGUCGGACGCUGACAACAGAGGUAGCUACUACGCCAGAGAAUAUCAGCAACAAGCAGCAAGAGACCCAGAGCCAGGCCCGUUCUGACGGCAAGAUGGGCGAUUCUCAAGAUCAAACUCCUCCCAAUUAUAGCGAAGAGGAUUGUACAGAGCUCGUCCGCACAUCGUCGCUGGGAUUUCCAAUAAACAGAAGUCUUGUUGGUCCUCUGUUGGGCUCCCUGAACAGUAUAGAACCACUGCUGCUCAAAUACUUCCUCAGUGACGUCGCACCACUCUGCUCAAUCCUGCAACAAGAUGGUGCUAGCUUCUGUUCUGUACUGCUGCCGAUGGCCAUCGUCGACUCCUCUCUAUUGCACGCUCUCUUCACCUAUGCUUCCGUCCAUUUCGAUGCCACCGCGCCCGUUUCAACGGCCAUCUCUCCCCGAACAAGGCUGGGGUUUGAGACUUAUGUCGCGCGCGGCAUCUCAAACGCAAUCGCUCGGAAUACCGUAACCGAAAGCACUGUGGCCUGCGCGCUGGUCGUUAGCACCGCUCAUGUUAUCGGCGGUGACACAUCUCGCUGGCUCCUACACUUGCAAGGUGCGGGACACCUAAUAAGCCACCUUGGUCCUCCACGGCUGCUCAAAAUCCCCGAUGGAGCGUUUCUUCUGCGAUAUUUCGCGUACCAUGACAUCAUGGCCGCCUUGAGCACUGGACGACACCCUUCGAUUGAGGGCGUAUAUUGGGCUCUCAAUAUUGAUGGAGAUGUCCAUUCCGCGGAUUCCUUCGUGGGCCUCGCGCAUCAUAUAUUUCGCCACAUCACGAGUAUCUGCGCGUUCGUUGCCGACACCUCUGAUCUCGACGCUUCUUCGAGUUGCGAUCGGUUGGCGAACGAAACUCUUCGGGCAGAAACCAUCGCUCAUGCACUUCGCUCACAGGAUUUGCACCUCCAACUGAGGUAUACAGAUAACUAUAGCGAAGCCCUUGUCCACCAUGCAGAGGCAUUCCGGUUUGCCGCUCUUUUCCAUCUCUACCGCCGAUUACUUCAUAUCUGCGGUCCAAGUGCCAUCUACGAACAGCACAUGGUGGAGUGUGUGCAACGUAUAUUCAGUCAUGUGUCCCUAGUUCCGUUGAACCUAUAUUGCGAAAUUGGAUUACUCUUUCCCUUGUUUAUGGCGGGAAUAGGCGGUGCCAACGAUGCAAGCGCCGUUCAUUACAUCCAAAACCGCCUCGACUACAUCGAAACCUGGACCAAGUUCAAGCAUGUAACAAGGACCCGGGAACUGUUGCAACUGCUUUGGGAUCAAAAGCGGACAGAUUGGGAGGUAGUGCUCCGGGAAUUAGAUUGGCAUAUAUCUCUGGCCUAA